UACGAGUGACUCCCACGGAAGCGGCUCAACGCUCCUACCGGCAGCCAGUACCACGCAUGCGCGUUGCUAAGGCUACGCCCCCCACCCCAGGGCCUCCCAAGCCGGAAGCGACGGCAGGCGACUUCCUUCCCGGCGUGACUAUGCGGCGCUGCGUGGCUUCCGGGUUGGCUGUUGUGCCCGGCGCUUGGGCCUUGGUCAGAGGGAGCCGGGGCCGAUGUUGAGGCGCCGGGCGGCCGGCCAAGGAGGGUUAGGCGGCGAGGCCUGGCCAUGGAGAAGAUCCUGGAGGGCCUGGUGAGCUCCACACACCCGCUGCCGCUGAAGCGCGCGAUCGUGCGGCGGGUGGUGGAGUCGGCGGAGGCGCCGCUGAGCGAGCCGCAGUGCCGGGCCAUGUUCGAGCUCAGCACCCGGCUCAUCCUGCAAGGGCCAGACCCCUUCCAGCGGCAGGUGGGGCGGCAGGUGCUCGAGGCCUACGCCCGCCACCACCGCGCCGCCUUCGAGGCCUUCUUCACGCGAGACCUGGUGCUGGCCUUGCUCCGCGGCGCCGGAGGAGAAGGCCCGGCCUCGGCCUGCCUCCCCUCGGGCCUGGACCCGGCCGUGCUGGACUACAUCCAGGGCGGGCUGCGGCUGCUCAUCAGCUGCCCGGCGGUGCUGGAGCUCUUCGCGCUGCUGCAGGAGGAGGCCUCGCGGCUGGUGGGCGAGCGGCCCCCGGCCCCGCUCUGCGCCCGCCUCUGCCAGCUCCUCUCCGACUUCCCGCAGUGCCUGCCCCGCGGGAGGAAGGCCGCGCUCGGCUUCUGCCAGCAGCUGGUGCGCAGCAUCGCCCACUUCCAGACGCAGGGCACCCGCGAGGCCGAGCUGCGCCUCUACGUCGCCCAGGUCAGCCAGGUCAGCGGCCUGCUCCGCAGCGUCUGGAAGACGGAGCCCGACACGCUGCUGCCCUCCUUGCAGGAGCUCUUCGCCAUCAUCUCUUCCACUGAUACUUCUUUUGAACCUUCAGUUGCCUUGGCAAGUCUUGUGCAACAUAUCCCAUUGCAAAUGAUCACAGUGCUAAUUGGAAGCCUUACUACAGAUCCAAAUGUGAAAGACGCAAGUAUGACACAAGCUUUGUGCAGAAUGAUUGAGUGGCUAUCCUGGCCAUUGGCUCAACAUGUGGAAACCUGGGUGAUAGCACUGCUGAAAGGACUGGCUGCAGUCCAGAAGUUUACUAUCCUUAUUGAUGUUACUUUGCUUAAAAUCGAACUGGUUUUUAAUCGACUUUGGUUUCCUCUUGUGAGACCUGGUGCUUUGGCUGUCCUUUCUCACAUGUUGCUUAGUUUUCAGCACUCUCCAGAGGCUUUUCACUUGAUUGUACCACACGUAGUGAAACUGGUAAAAUCCUUCAAAAGCAAUAGCCUGCCUUCUAGUACAACGUUCUUGGGACAGCUCAGUGAGUUAAUACACUGUAUGAUGUAUCAUUACUCAGGAUUCCCAGAACUUUAUGAACCUAUUCUAGAAGCUAUCAAGGAUCUUCCUAAACCCGGUGAAGAAAAAAUUAAGAUGAUACUCAAUCAGAGUGCCUGGACCUCUCAAUCCAAUUCCUUGCAGUCUUGUUUGUCGGGAUUUUCUGGAAAAUCUGAAACUGGAAAGACAGGUCUAAUUAACUUGGGAAAUACAUGUUAUAUGAACAGUGUGAUUCAGGCAUUAUUUAUGGCCACAGAUUUUAGAAGACAUGUAUUAUCUUUAAAUCUAAAUGGAUGUAAUUCAUUAAUGAGAAAAUUGCAGCACCUGUUUGCAUUUUUGGCUCAUACUCAGAGGGAAGCAUAUGCUCCUCGGAUUUUCUUUGAGGCUUCUAGGCCACCCUGGUUUGCUGCUAGAACUCAGCAGGACUGCUCUGAAUAUCUCAGGUUCCUCUUAGACAGGCUCCAUGAGGAAGAGAGGACUUUGAAAGCACUAUCUUCAUCAGAGCUUCCAAGAGAUAUGAAUGAUGAGUCUCUGGUACAAGAUGUGUCCAGUAAGACCCCACUGAGUACCAAACCAUCUCCCACUGCAACAGAAGAGAGAACCCUAAUAGAGAAAAUGUUUCGAGGAAAACUGCAAACAAGCAUAUGCUGUUCAAACUGCAAAAGUACUUCUCACAAAGAAGAACCCUUCACAGAUCUCUCACUUGCUUUCUGUCCCCCAGUAUUCUUAGAAAAUGGUGAACCACCAAAAGUGGACAAUUUGUCUGAAGGAAAAGAUACCAGCAUGGAACCAGUCAUUAAUGCGGCAUUCAGUCCUGUAGCAGAAACACCAUCUGAUAUUCUAGCAGUCGGUGAUUGCUCUGAAAUGGUUACAAACGAAGGAACACCAAAGGACCAUCCCAUUGACUCAGACUGUGAGAAUGUUACAGAUCCAGUUGAAUGCAAGGACAGUUUGCAGAAACAUGUUGCUGAAGUUACCCCCUCUGUUAUUGACUUACUGAAUUAUUUUCUGGCACCCGAGGUUCUUAAAGGGGAUAACAAAUAUUACUGUGAAAAAUGUGCCUCUCUACAGAAUGCAGAAAAGACUAUGCAAGUAGUGGAGGAGCCAGAAUACCUCAUUCUCACUCUCUUAAGAUUUUCCUAUGACCCCAAGUGUCAUAUUCGGCGUAAAAUCUUAGACAAUGUGUCUCUUCCACUUGUUCUGGAGUUACCUGUCAAAAGAACUGUUUCCACUUUAAGCCCAGUAUCAGGUGUGUGGUCUGUGGGGGUUGAGUUUUCUGACACUGGUGAGAAUCUAGCUAAAAAGCUCAAGCCUUCUGGUGCUGAAGAAGUGGGUUGCUCUCAGUUAAUCCCCUAUGUAUUAAGUUCUGUUGUGGUGCACUCUGGCAUAUCUUCUGAAAGUGGACAUUAUUAUUCGUAUGCCCGAAAUGUUUCCAGUUCAGGGUCCUCAUCGGGAUCUUUUGAUCAGUCCCAAAGUCUGGCUUUAGCUUAUCCACAGAAUCAUUUCAUGGCUGGAGAGGCUCCGGUUGCAGCUGUUGAAAAGAAACUGGGGGAGACUGAGGUGUCCAAGGAGUGGUUUUUAUUUAAUGACAGCAGAGUGACAUUUACCUCAUUUCAGUCAGUCCAGAAAAUAACAAGCAGAUUCCCCAAGGACACUGCUUAUGUGCUGCUUUACAAAAAGCAAAACAGUGCUAAUGCUCUUAAUGCUACAUCAGCCAAUGGGCUCUGGGUCAAUGGAGAUCCUCCUCUGCAGAAAGAUCUUAUGGAUGCAAUUACAAAAGACAAUAAGCUGUAUUUGCAGGAGCAAGAGCUUAGCGCUCGGACACAGGCCCUACAAGCAGCUGCCGCUUCGUGCUCUUUUCGGCCAAAUGGAUUUGAUGACAAUGACCCCCCUGGAAGUUGUGGGCCGACUGGUGGAGGCGGUGGAGGAGGAUUUAGUACUAUCGGAAGGCUGGUGUUUUGAGGAGGAAAACACCCAAUGCACUGGUUCCCUAAACAGCUUCCACUACUGCUUAGGACUGUUAUCACUGAACUGUAUUAAAUAAUGUACCAAGCUUUUUUUUCAAGAUGUGAUCUUUGGUCUGAAGAGAACUUUUUAAAAUUUGAAAUAAAUACAUGCAUCAUGGAGAAAUCUA